CUGAUCAAGAUGGCUGCUGCGCGGUGCUGUGGGGAGAGGUGGAAGUUUUUUUAACAUGGCCGCGAUAGGUAUUAAAAUAAAAAUACACCCCAACUGUCAGUUUUUACAAUCACUUCAUGAAUCAGCGUGAUCGGACCCAGUGAGCACCAUGUGGAGGUGGUAUUCAGGAGAUGAGUCUGGCCCUGCUCAUCAGGGCCAAGACUCCCAAGACAGAAUAACUAGUCAGUCAAUGGCUGAUGUUGCUGAACAGCUUGCCCAGACUGAACAGUUAGUGGUACAUCUGAAGGAACUUAUACGAGAGAAGGAUAAUGCUCUCCAUACCAAAGACCAAGAAUUCAAGUGUGAAAAAGAAGCAUUUGAAGCCAAAAUUUCCAAAUUAAAAUUGCAGCAUAAGGCAAAGGUUACAUCACUAAAUUCUCAGUUAGAGGAAAUGAAGAAACAGUUAACACCAUCAGAAUCCAAAGAAAUGGGAUCAGAAGUUAAAAAGUCUGUUGGUGAUGCAGAUCAUGACCAUGCCGCAGCCAAACGAGGGAAAAUUCUGUUACUUAAGAAGAAAGUAGAGGAUCUGGAACUGCAGCUUUCCCAAAAAGAGACAGAGUUAAAAAACAAGGCUGAAAAGCUGGUGGCUCAGAGACUCCGUGGGGAAGACAUGGAUGCAUUGUUAGCUGAGAAAGAUAAGAAAUUGUCUGAAAAAGAGGCCUAUAUUGUUGAACUUCACAUGGCAUCAGUAACGGACAACACCUCUAGAGCCUUACAUGCUACAUCAGAAGAUUCAUCACAGAUUCAGCCGAGUCAGAAGUCUUCCACGGCUCCACAGGAUUUGGAGUUAAUUGUCAAAAACCUUACAAAGAAAGUGGAAGAAAGUGAGGAGAAGUGCAGUUUUCUUGAAGAGCAAAAUAAAAGCCUUCUGGAUCAGCUUAAUACUGAAAAAAAGCAAUUUGAUGACAAGGAAAAUAUGUACAAACAGAAUAUUCAGACUUUUAAAGAUAUUAUCCUUGAAAAAGACAGCCAUUUUGCAGAACAAAUACGAAUACAUGAACAAGAGCUAUUCAAACUGGCUUCAAAAUCUGAUGCAAGUGCUGAUCUUGAACAGUUGCUUAAAGUUCUUAAACAAAAACUUCAUGAAAAGGAAGAGGUCUUAAUUGGAAGAACUCAAGUUGUAGAUGUACUACAGAAAGAAGUGGAUGCCAGGGAUAAUCAGAUAAAAGAACUUAAUGAAAAAAUGAGGAGGCUUCAACUGGAAAAGGACAACAUGCAAUCCAAAUUAGAUGCUGAAAAGCAUAUAAUGAGAGCCCAAAUAAGAGACCUUAUGGGAAAACAUGAAAAUGAAGUUAAAGUUAUUAGAGAAAAGUUUGAAACUGAACUGUCUGAAAAAAAUCAAGCAUAUAUGCUGCUACAGGAGCAAAAUUUAGAAAAUGGGAACCAAUCCAAAUCAUCAGAAGUGGAGAAAGGGUUUACAGUUGAUGGUGAUUACGCUCAAAGAAUUGUAGAACUGGAAGCACAAGCAAAAGCAAAAACAGAAGAGGCUAGCAAAUCUGAAGCUAAGUACCUGAAAAUGAAAGCCUGGUCUAAAUCCAAGAUUAAACAGGUGGAGGACGAACUCAGAAAAGCACAGUCUGGUUCAGCCAGUCUAGAUAUAAUUGCUUUGACAAAUAAGAUUACAGAACUGAAAGAGGAAAGAGAUGAAGUUCAAGAAAAACUGGAUCAGUAUCAUGCACUGAAACGACAAAAUGAUGAACUAAUGGCUAAACUUGAGCUUUAUGAAGAACAACAGAGAAAGCUACAAGCAGACCUGGAGCAAGUUACUAAAAGGGCUGCCUCUCAGACAAGUGAAUCUGGCAGUGCAGAUGAACUGCAAAGUCAGGUUUUAGAAUGGCAGGAAAUGAUAUCUGAGGCAGAAGCAGCACGGGAUCAAGCAAGAGAGGAGAAAUCAGUAAUGGUCUUAAGGAUGACACAAAUUGAAGAAGAAAGAGAAGGACUGAUUGAGGAUGACUGGUUCUUUCCUGGCUGCUCCGAUCCAGCCUUAGUCACUCGGCAGCAGGAGCUGGAGGAGGAACUGGCACAAGCUCAAGGACUGCAACUGCAGAGAAGAGGACACAAGCAGGCUGGAAGCAGCACUCCUAAUCAUCAGGACGAUUUUGAAUUUGAUGGGAAGCGGUGUUAUGAAAAUCCCAACAUUACUUUGGAAAGCAAUGAUUCUGCAGAUGGGGAAAACAUGGGAGGUUGGUGGCCUGAGUACACUUCUCCCCAUACAGGACUGAGGUCUGUUGUAGAAGAACUGGAAUUGGAGAGAAACCAACUUCAGGAGCAGAUACUGGUACUUGAGGAAAGAUGUCAAAAUCUGGAAGACAGGCUUCAGCUCCAAGCAAGAAUCGAGUCAUUGCAGGUGACGUUUGAUGUAGAUGAAGAAAGGCAACAAUUCAGGGUUAUUCAGACCGAAACAGAACGACUUCAAAGCCAACUGGCAAAUGUAAGGAGUCAGCAAACAAGAGAUGCUGAGAAACAUCACAUGCUCGUUUCUAAUCUUAAUGAACAGCUUAAAGGGAUUAAUGAAAAAAAUGAUAUUCUUGAAAUGUCACUGACUGAGAAAGUGCAGAUGUUAUUUCAAACAUCUACAAAGUUGGAAGAAACUGAAAAUCUCAGAGAUGCUUUGAAAGAGAGAGAAAUUCAUACCAAAGAACUCAGUGAAAAACUUGGGCAGAGUGAAUUAAAUCUAUCAGAAAUGACAAAGAAGUACAACACUCUUGAAUCAAAAUGCUCAGAACUAACAGCUUUAAACACAGAUCUUUUGCAGAAAUUGACAGCCCUGAAAGAAAAGAGUCAGAAACAGGAAGUUAUUCUAGAAGAACUUCGGCAUGACCUUGAUCAGACUAAUGAAGAACUAGAUAAACUAAACACAACCCAUUUGGAAGAGCGGUCUCAACUUAUUCAUGACCUCCAAAGCUGUGAAAGAGAAAUUGAUAACCUUAAAGAAGUGCUUUCUGAGAAAGAAAAAGAAAUUGUGUCUGUGACUGCAAACAUGAGUGAGUACUCUGAGCAGGUUCUACAGCUGAAACAACAAAUCAGAUACAAAGAGGAAGAGAUUGGAGAAAUUGAAACUGCUUUGAAUAAUGCGGAGAGGCAAGCACAGAUCAUCAAAGAGACACAGUCUUUAGAUGAACAAACCGUGAAUGCCAAACUCUCUGCACUUUUGGAACAAUUGCAAAAGAUGGAAACUGAUUUGAAUGAAACCAGAACUCUAAAAGAGGAUAAAUGUAUAGAAGUGGAAGAACUAUUAAAACAAGCUCAUGAUAAUAAUGAAAUUAUACAAAACCUUCAAACUGAAAUUCAGAAGUUAAAUGGAUUUCACAGUGGCCAUAUUGUAGAGUGUGAGGCUCAGAUAUCUUCAUUAAAGGAGCAAAUUACUUUAUACUCAAAAAGGAUACAGGAUAAAGAUGACCAACAUCAGAGUGAAGCUGAAAGCUUGAGAAGUCAUCUUGAAGAAGCAAGUAAUGCUUACAAAAGUGUUGGAAGUCAGCUUGAGGAAAAGAAGGAAAUGGUGUGCAAUUUGGAACUUGAGCUUAAAACAUAUAAGGAUGAAUGCAGACAGCUAACAUCUGAUCUUCUGCAGAAAGAAGAACAACUUAAAAGUAUAACUCAGCAACUUGCAAACCAAAUAGACAAGGAAAAUAAAAUCAGGGUUUCUAUCCAUGACGAGCUGCAAACUAUACAUGGGAACAGAUUAAAAGAAGUAGAAAGAGAAGCUGAAGAAAAAACCAACAAACUCAAUCAAGAACUUCAAAGUAAGGAUGUGGCUUAUAAGCUGCUACAGGAAGAUGUUUCUCGGCUGGAUACAGAAUUAAGCACUCUCAAAAAUGAGAGCGAGCAUUUGCAGGCCAUCGCAGAGCAGAAAGAAGUUGAAAUUUUAGAAAAGGCUAAACUUGUGAAUGAAAUUAAUGAAAGAGUUGCCAGCAUUCUUGAGGACAAAGCAAAUGUGCAGAAUCAACUAAAGGAAGCUUUAAGUGAAAAUGAAAAAUAUAUAAAUGAAGCCAUGGAAUGCAAAACUUCAAACAUGAGCCAGAAUUGCCUCAUCCAAGAAAUGCAAGGCAAGAUGAAUUCAAAUGUGUCUCAGUUAUUUGAAUAUGAACAAAUUAUUGCAGGGUUGCAGAAAGAAAAAGAGGCUUUAGACCGAAGAGUGUCUGAUCUUUCUUACUUGGUGGAGCAAAAUGAAAAAAAUGUUGGGGAAAAGACAAAUGAAUGUGUUCAUCUUUCAAAGCUGCUUUCAGAUAGUCAGGAAAAGACAAAAAAUCUCGAAGAUCAUCUGCAGAGUUUGACAUCCGAGAUAGAACAGUUGAAAUGUUCCAUUACUGAAAAGGAAAGAAUGUUAGUGGAUAAAACCACAGAAUGUGAUUUAUUACAAGUGAGAUUUUGUCAGCUGCAGGACACUGAAAUGAUGGUUCAGGAUCAAAUCAAAGCCUUACAGUCAGGUUUGGUUGAAAAGGAUUUGGCUGUUCAAGACAAAACUUUAGAAUGUGAUACUUUACAGAAGCACUUAAAUGAUCAAAAGGAAAUUGCUUUGAAAUUGCAAAAUGAGGCAGAGAAUCUCAAGAAUGAAAUCAAAAGGCUUGAGGAACAAGCUCAAGAAGAAGCAGCUGCUCUUAGACAUAAAUCAGAAGAGUGUAACAAGUUGUGGGAUCAGAUAACAAAGAAAAGUGAAACAGUUACUUUACUUAAUCAGCAAAUAGAUGUAAUGAAUGAAAAUACGGAGAAAUUGAAAACUGAGAAUGAUGAGCUUAAAGUGACGGUGAAUAAAUAUAUGUCAGACAUCACCAAAUUAGAUGAACAGCUAAAAGUAAGUCAGUCUAAAUGUUCUGAUCUUCAGAUGGUUAUGCAGACGUUAAGAACAGAAAAUGAUAAACUUAAAAUGGAUGUGCAAGAUACGGCUUUAACAUGUUCCCAAAAGGAAAGAGAACUUAAUGCACUCAAUGCAGAAAUGUCUAAACAAGAGGAUAAUUUGGCUUUAUUGAAAAAACAGUUGGCAGAGGUUAGUUUUGAGAAAGAAACUUUAUUAAAGGCUGUGCAAGAGAAAGAAGAAAGCUUAUCUCAAAAAGAAAUGUUUAUUAAGCAGAUAGAGACUACAUCAGUAGAAGAAAAAAAACAGUUGUCUGAAAAUAUGGAAGUUGCUGUUCAGCUCCAGGCUCAAGUACAUGAAAAACAACAAACUUUACAAGAGCACAUGCAAACGAUAGCGCGCCAAGAUAAAGAAAUUAAACUUCUGCAAGAUAAAACAGCGGAAUGCAAUGUUCUCAGGUCAGAAAUGAGUACAAACAUGGAAAUGAUAUCCAGUCUCCAAAGUCAGUCAAUAAGUAUGGCUGAAAAGAUAAAGCAGUUAGAAAGUAUUAUAACAGAAAAGGACUCCCUUUUAAAACAAAAAGUUGAUAGCUACAUUAGCUUAAAAGCUCAGUUUUCCGAUCUGGAAGAUUUGGUGGCCCAACUUAGAGAGCAAGUAGACAGUGUUACAGCAGAACUGGGAACACUCAGAAAAACAAGUGAGGAUAAGGAAUUAAGUCUAGUUCAAGAUAAAGAAACUGCUAUGCUUCAAAUUGAGGAUCUAAACUCAAAACUCCGAGAUAAAGGACUGGAAUGUGAUAGUCUUAAGGAACAGCUUUCAAAUGCACAAGAGGCUACUUCAAAACUAGCUGAGAAGCUGGAAGUCCAGAGUCUUGAAUUAAGUAGCUUUAAAGAGUUAGUCAUGGAAAAGGAAAUUUCUCUUUCGGAGCAGACAAGGAUGGUACAACUUCUUAAAGAAAAAGAAGAGGAAGCAACAAUGUUUAAAUCUCAGCUGAUGCAGAGCACAGAGUCCUUAGCUGAUGUACAAAACCACUUAGAAAAGCAAAUCUGUGACUCACAGAGGAUGACAGAUUUAUUAAGUGAAAAGCAAAGAUCCCUGUUGGAAGUACAGGAACAAUAUGCAUUGCAAUCUAAACAACUUCAGGAUAUUAGCAUGUCUCUUUUUCACAAGACAGAAGAAGUGUCUGCCCUGGACAGUUUAAUUUACCAGAAGGACAACAUUAUCAAAACUGCCGAAAAUGAAUCCAGUACUCUAAAAAACGAAAUUAGUUGCCUCAUAACUGAACUAGAGAGUAGUUCUGCUGCAUAUUCAAAUCUUCUUCAAGAAAAAGAUGCUGUGAGUUUUUCAAAUCAAACAAAGUGUAAUGCUUUAGUUGCUGAAAUUGAAGCACUGCAAACAGAUCUUCAACAAAGUGGUGCACAAAUUCAUUUAUUAACUCAAGUUGUGGAGCAAAAAGAACGUGAUAUAACUUUCCUUAGUAAUAAAUGUACAGAGCACUGUGAACAGCUAGACCACCAAAACUCACAAAUUAAGAGUUUAGAUGAAAGCAGUGCUAAUCUGAAACAGCAACUGGCGUUAGCAGUCAAUGAAAAUACCCUUUUUCAGCAGGAAGUAAACAAGUUGGCUGCAGAUAGAGCAGAUUUGGAGACUCAUUUCAAAAACCAGAUAAGAGAAAUGGAAGAUAAGUUUCAGAUUUUAAGUGCAAAAAAGGAAGAUUUGAUGAAAGAAGUAGAGUCACAGCAGAAGAUUGUACACCAAGAGCUUCAAAAGCAGGUUAGUGUAAAAGAUGAAGAAAUUGCAGAGCUGAAAUUAGAAAUCCAAAAAGUAGAACAUACCCUAGUGGAUUCUGAGAAAGAAUGGUUAGCUGACCUAGAUAGAGAAAAUCAUCGCAAUUGCAUACUAGCUGAGCAAUUGAGAACAGUAGAAAAUGAAAUGAAAGCGAAAGAUGUUAAAAUACAAGCCCUUCAGAAAGAUCUAGAUGAAUUGCUUGAAAAAGAUGUUGAACUGACCUCUUCGCUGAAGGUUAAUAUAGAUCAACUAGCUGAAAGUAAUGUGAGCAAUUUGAAUCUUAGUCAACAGAUUGCUCAUUGUCAAAACACAAUAGAUACAAUGGGUGCAGACAUUAAGAAGAAAGAUGAACAAUAUGCAGAAAUUGAGCAGGUUCUGUUGGAGAGGGAAAAGGAAGUUGAGAAAUUAAAGGCAGAGAAGGUAUUAAGCCAGCAAAAUCUUUCUGAAGUUAGUCAGUCUUUGUCAAACAAAUUGUUAGCAUUAGAGGAAGAAAAAUUUUCUCUGCAAGCAGAAAUUAAGCAGCUAAAGAGCCAUCUUCAUACUGAAAAGGAAUCUUUGAUAGAAGAACUGGAUAAAAAUAAUCUGUUAUUGAAGAGUAAGUUGUCAGAGUUGUUGGAUAGAGAAAGAGAUGUACAGGAUGCAAGGCAUCAAGUUUCACUGAUGCAAGAGCAGUUACACAAUGCUCAAGAAGAAAUAAAGAUUUCCCAUGAAAACUUUAACAUUACAAUUAAAGAAAAAACACAGUUAGCUUUGGAAAUUGAGAAAAAAGAGGAGCAAAUUCAGUCUCAAACUAUGCAAUUAAAUCAACAAAAAGAACUGCUGUCUUCACUUAGUAUUCAGCUAAGAGAAAAAGAUUUAUCAGUUUCCCAACUCAUGGAGUCCAUAUCCAAUGAAGUUAUUAAACAUACUGAAGAAAAAACACAGUUAACUGCCAAACUGGAAGACCUUGAAAAGAAAUAUUUAGGCCCCACCCAAGAACUUCAGAGCCUUCAUGAACAACAUAAAGAACUGGAGAAGCGCAUGUCAACUUAUGAAGCACUUAUUGAGUCAAAUACUGCAGAAAAGAAAGACCUACUUGAUGAAAAGGAGGAAUUGCACAGUCGGUGUGAAGCUCUUGUCAAGGAAAGAGAUAUAAUGAAAAAGAAACUUCAGGCUGCUUUGUUGGCUAGGAAAGAAUUGUUAAAGAAGAUGGGCGACAUAGAGAGCAAAAGCCAGGCUGAUUUUAAUAAACUUAAAGAAUGUGAAGAUGUGCAAAGUUCAUUCCACGAGGUAUCCUCCCAGGCAUUACAGACUCAGAACAUCUUUAAGGAACAUGAAUCUCAAAUUUCACAUUUAAAACAACAGCUUAUCGAAAAGGAGAGAGACGUCACUGAAUUAUCCCAAGCCUUAAUUGACAAACAGUCAUGUGUUAAUCUGCUAGAAAAGGAACUGCAUGAUCUCAAAAACCAGAUGUUUGGAAGUGAGUCUCAGCUUGAUCACUGUUUUCAUAUAGCAAAGGAAAAAGAUGCAGUUAUUGAGGACCUCAAGAUCACUCUGAAAGAAAAGAGUUUUAAAAAGGAGUCUUCUGAGCACAUAAUAGAACACGCAUGUGUCCAGAGUGAUGUAAAGAAAGAGGAGAUCCAUAAAGAACAAAUGUCUGCUGCUGUUAUAGAGAAAUCUGAAAAUGAGGCAUCUGGAAGUAAAACUUUACAUGUGAAAGAUAAAGAGGUUUUGGAAAAGAAGCUUCAUGCUGCUCUCUUAGCUAGACGGGAAACUUUGAAGAAAAGUCAGGAGAAGGAUAAGAAGCAUAAACAGGAGCUAACCCAGCUGCAAGAAACUAUUAAGAGACUUGAAUUACAACAUUCAGAGAAGACUGAAGAGCUGCAAAAAGCCAAAGAUGAACUUAGCUCUAUGUACCAAGACUAUAAUUGUAAGAUUAAAGAAUUUGAAAGCAACAGAGGUAUCAUAGAAGGCUUGCAGAGACAGCUGAACUCUAUUAAUGUUCUGCUUGAAGACAAGGAGAAGACUUUACAAGAUUUGAAAGACCAAUUAAAAGAACAAGAAAAUAAAAUGCUGAGUGCCUUGCAACAGCAAGAUGAAGUGGAAUUUCUCCAAAAUGAAAUCACUACUUUAACCUGUACCAUAGCAGGUAAGGAUAAAUCACUCAAAACACUUGAAAGUAAUUGCAAAGACCUUGGCUUAGAGCUAAAGGAGGUCAAGUCAAAGUUAAACACUGUCAGUCUAAGUCUUUCCCAGAAAGAUGAACAAUUGAAAAAUCUGCAAAGUGUUAUUGACAGUACCCAACAGGAGCACACACUGGAAGAGCAAGCACUUCUUGAUAAAUGCGCUGAAUUACAAACACAGUUAAGAAAAGCACAAGAUGUAACUGAAGGCUUGAAAAUUGAGCUCAAUAGCACAAACAGAGAAAAUGACACACGGUUGGAGACUUUAAAAUCUAGCAAUGACAUGCUGUUAAAAGAAAAUGAGGAGUUGAGGGGACAGCUUUCCGAAGCACAAUCUCUCAUUGCCGAUUUCACAGAGGAGACCCUUUGUUUAAAAGCCUCUCUUUCGGAUGUGCAGUGCCAGUUUAAUAAAGAAAAAGAAGAUUUACAAUUUGAAGCAGAGAAGCUUGAAGGUGUUUGGCAGCAGUGUAAAACAGAGGCUGAGAGUAUGAAAUUACAACUUGAAAGCGAACAGAAAGAAAAAGAAGCUGCAUUGGGUCAGUUGGAGAGCUCUAGAACAGAACUUGGUAUGCUGGAAGAAAAAGUGAACCACCUGGAGAAGGUAAAAGCAGACUUAAAUAAAAUGGUAAAUUCCCUACAGGAAGAAGCAGCUAGAUACCAUCAGGAUUCUGUACAAAACUUACAUAUUGAGAAAGUUCAGUUGCUGCAGUCAGAAGUUGAUAGACUUGAGGUAGAACUCAAAGAAAAAGAGAUGGCUGUAAUAUCUUUGAAAGAAACCAUCACACAAAAGGAAGCAGUAGAGUUGCAAAUGAAAUUUGAAUUUUCUAUCCAUGAAGAAGAAAAAGAACGACUGAAGAGAGAAGUUAAUGAACUGCAACAGAAUUCAGCUAAGUCAACACAUACUGCUAAAGCUGAAGAGCAAGAAAUUGCAAGCAAAAUGAACGAGCAAAUCACUAGAAAACUUCAAGCUGCCUUAAUAUCCCGAAAAGAGUUGCUGAAGGAGAACAAGAUUCUUAAAGAUCAAAAUCAGGCAUUAUUGUCAGAAAAAGAGCAGGUAUUAAGUACAUUGUCUAGUCUUCAGGAGUCUGCUGCUGAUAUGGAUAAGAAACUGAAAGACUUGAUGUUGGUGGAGGUCUCCCUGACUAAUGAAAAAGAAAGAUUGAAGGCAGAAAUAGUCAAAAUCCUUAGUGAAAAUCACAGCCUAAAUGCUGCGUGUGAAAGUCUUAAAUAUACAAUUGAAAAUAUAACCCAGCAGAAGCAGGCUUUUUCAUGCCAAUUGGAAUCCUUAAAAGAUUCUCAAGCUCUUGAAUUGUCAGAGUGGAAGACCAAACAUACAGAGUUGAAACAAGAAUAUGAAUCUCUGCUACAAGCCUAUGAAAAUAUCAGUAGGGAAAUGGGUAAGAUGAGUCAAAUGGCUGAAGCUGCCAGAAAGGAGAAACAAGAGAUGAUGGCAAACAUGUACAAAGUGGAUAUGGAGAAUGAGGCCUUGGAAAUUAGACUUAAGCAGGCCAAUGAAGAUAAAGAAAAGCUAAACAAAGAACUAAGGAAUCUUUCUGACUUAAACCAACAACACAUCUGUGAUUUGGAAGUAGGUAAUGAGAGAAUUAAAAAAGAGCAACUAGAAAUAGUUAAAAACCAGCAAUGUUCUAUAGAGCAGCUUGGCCUUGAAAAUUCAAAAUUGAAAGAAGACCUUAAUGUAUUAAAAGACAACUGCAGGAUGCUUGAUUUAAAAGUGCAACAGCUUACUACAGAAACUAAUGCAUCACUUAGAGCAUUGGAAAGUCUUAAAUCUGAAAAGAACCAAAGUGAAGAAGACUUACAAAGUAGACUAUAUGAGGCAGUUCAGUCAAAAGAUUUGUUAAUUGCAGAAAUUCAAACACAGAAAAAUGAGAUUGCAGCCCAAGCUAAAACAAUUGAAGAUUUGGAGAAUGAAAAGAACAUUCUUACAAAUAACUAUACUGAAUUAGAAACAAACUAUAAGGAAGAAAUAGGAAAAAAAGUAAAGUGUGUUGAACAGCUGCAAUGUAACAUCAAUAGCAGUCAGCAGGAGGCCAUUAACCUCAAUGAGAAGGUAAAGAUUUUAGAGGAUGAUAAAUUACUGUUACAGGAGGAACUUGAAAAUUUGCAGGAAAUGUACAAUAAAGUAAAAACUAAGAAUGAUUUUUUGGAAACAAAUUUGCAUGAAAACUCUGAAAAGAUUAACCAGUUUCAUGAUAUAGUCAGUAAACUGGAAAGUCAAAACAAAUUCCUUUCCAGUCAGUUAAGUGAGAUUAAGGAAGAAAAGUGCAAUGUAAUUAGAGAGAAAGAUGAAGAGCAAGUAAAACUCAUGAAAGUGUUUGAAAAUAAACUCAAGGUGGCUCAGAGAGGAAGUGAAGGCACGAAAAAUGUGACUAGGGACCUCCAAGAGCUUCUACGAGAAAAACAUCAGGAACUAAACCAACUGCAAAAAGACUGCAUAAAAUAUCAGGAAUUAAUACUAAAUUUGGAAAGGUCUGUUAAAAUAUCUCAGUCUGAACGUAACACAAUGGAAAAUGAACUAACGAUUAAGACUGAAAAGGUUUCAGAGAUAAAGAAGGAAAUUGUUUCAUUCAAAGAAUUAUUGUACCAAAGCAAAAAAGAUUAUGAAAAAGUCGAAGCUGAAAAUUCAAGAUUGAAAGACGUGCUUAAACAGAAAAUUCUGGAGGCAGAACAGCAGUUCAGCAACAGACAGAGAGAGCUAGAAAAGGUCAUAGAAGAACAAAAGGUUGGUUAUGAAAGAGAAAAGCAAAUCAACAAAGACCUUGAGAAGGAGAUGAGCAAGGCUAAAGAGGACGUUUCUGAAUUAAAAAGAGAUAGUGAAGAUAAAACUGUUAUCAAUAAGAAACUUGAAAGUGAAUUGGCAAAGACUAUAGCCAAUCUGGCUGCUGUGUCUCAGUGUUGGGCCUCUUUUCAAAGUGGUGAAGGCAAAGCAGAAGACCUUAAGCAGUGGGAGAUUAAAUUUCAAAAAGCAAUUCAAGACAAAGAUAAACAAUUGUUAGAUCUUUCACACACUGUGCAAAAGCUAAAAGACAGUGCUCAAUUGAAAGAUGCUCAGAUUCAGGAACUGAGAAAUAACUUCACAGAUCUGGAAGCUACCAGCAGUGCACCAGAUAGCAAGUAUAAAGCAUCAUCUGCCGGACUUAAACAGCUAACCGAAGAGUUGAAAAAGAAGUUGGAAAAAGAAAAAUCCCUUCAUGAAAAACUAGAAAAAGAGAAGAAUGUAAUGGCUCAACAGCUAACACAGAGUGAGCACAAAAUAGCUAGUUUGGAGGCAAAUCUUCAGAUGAUGGACAAGAAGUUUUUUGACAGUGAAGCUAGCCUCCAACAGUUGCAUGCACAAAGUGAUAGAUUACAAAUAGACCUUGAAAAGCAUCAAGGCAUUAGCUUACAGCUAAGAUCACUUCUUGGGAACAAAGAUGCAGAAAUCUCCAUGCUACUUUCCUCACGAAAUGUGGAGUUAUCUGGUUAUUUAGAGCAAAUCCAGAAUCAUCAUAGAUUGCAGGUUGCGACAUACGAGGAAAGGCUCAAAAGAUUGUACGAUGAGAAGGAACAGAGACGAGAAGAAUUUAGAGAUCUGGAGAACAAAUUAAAAAGCCUUCAAAUAAAGGCAGAGAAAUCAGUACAGGAGAAAGAUCAAAUGGUUGUAAAUGUGGAAAGUUUAAAGAAUGCAAUGAUGUCAUUACAGAAUGACAGAGACUGCAUUUUAUCAGAGUACAAGAAGUUGAAGGAGCAGUAUGAGCUUGCUUCUGUUGACAGUAGAAGUUUAAUUGAAGAGGAAGCAAUUGAAAAUGCACAGAUGAAAAGAAAAAUAAACUCUCUUCUUCAUGAUAUGGAUGAUCUCCAUUCAGAAAAUGCCAUGCUUAAAGCACAUCUGAUAAGGUACAGAGAAGACCUUAACCAGGUGUUAUCACUAAAGGACAACCAGCUGAAAGAGCUUUUACAGAAACAGCUGGACUCUAUAAAAAACCUGGAAAAUGAGAAGUCAUUUCUGGGAAAGCGGCAACAGGAUGUCCAGCAGGAACUUCAGCAAACAGUUGAAAGUGUGAAUAAAUUAAAGAUAGAGAAUGAAAAAUUAAAAUCUCAGGUGCAGGACCUUCAGGGAAUUAUUUCAACUAUGCAGCAAGAGAAAUCUGAUAUGAAGGAGGCCAAAAUGAUUAUUGACCUGCAGGAAGAAGUUUCUGCUAAAACAACAGAAUGCAAAAGCCUAAAAGAAGAAAUGAAUAUCCAUAUGUCAGCCAUUAGACAGCUUGAAAAUGACAUUGUCCAAAUUGAGAAGGAAACUGACAAGAAAAUAGCUGAGUGUGAAGCAGACUGUAUUAACAAGAUUGCUGCAUUUGAACGGGAUGUGGAGGUUUUAAGGAAAAGGAUGGAAACAGCUGAGGCCAGAGUUGUAGAUCUGGCAAAUGAUUUGGCACAGACCGAAGAGACUCUUGCACAGUGCAAAACAGAAAACAAGCUGCUUAAAUCACAAAAUGAAGCUUUUGGAAAAGCAAUGGGGGCUUUACAGAAUGACAGAGACAGACUCAUUGAGGACUUCAAAAUUUUGCAAGCCAAGUAUGAUGAGGAACUUAAAUUGGCAUUAGCAAACAUAAGCAAACAAGAAUUUAACAACAAAGAUCUAACAUCUCAGGUUAGAGGUUUAGAAAAGGAAAAUGCUGCUUUAAAUCUGAAGCUUUCUGCAUUUGAAAAUAAAAGCACAAACAGCCAGCUGAUAAGCCAAAUUGGGGACCUGUGCAAAUCAGCGGCAGACAAGGAUAAUGAAAUCCAAAUACUUGUAUCUCAAAAUGAGUCUCUUAACCGGCAAAUAUUGGCCUUUUCUAAAUCAAUGGCCAGUUUGCAGCAUGAUAGAGAAAGACUGCUGCAGGAACUUGAUGACUUAAAAAAAGCUUGUGAAUUUAGAAAAGAGGAAACUGUGGCACAUGUAUCUGUGGAAGGUUUUACACAACCAAAAGCCCUUGGUUCAAGUUUUUCUGAAAUCACAGAGAAGGAAAUGUUGGUGUCUUUUGGACAAGGAUUUGGAGUAACAGAUUCAACAUCUCUGAAAAACAAAGUUGAAGAACUUCAGGCAUUGCUAAAGCAAGAAAAAAUACUCCGGCAACAAGCUGAGCAAGAUGUCAGUGUUCAGAAGUCAGAAUUUGCUGAGCUAAGAAAGGAAAAGAACAUGCUAAUUACAGAAUCUCAAGCCUUAAGAAUGCAAUUAAUGUCAGUGGCUGCAGAAAAAGACAAACAAAAAGAUGAAUUACAGAAAAUUAGUCAUGAAGUGCUUUCAAAAGAAUCCAGGAUUUCGGGCAGUGUCUACCCUAUUAAGAUUGAAAAUGUUUCUCUGAUCGCCAAGGAAAAUGCUGCAGGUAGCAGUGACUUGCACCGAUGCCUGGAAGAACUUCAUCAAAAAGAUAUACAUUUUCAACAGUUAAACACUAAGUUAAUGCAGACAAUGGAAGAGAAGAUGGCCCUGUCUACCCAGUUAAAAGCAAUUACGCAGACUUUAAGAGACACUCAGGUGCAUUAUACUCAGCUGCAGAAUCGUUGCUACUGGCUUGAAAGCCAGUUACAUAUGCAGCCUUUACAGGAUUCUUUUGAAGGGCAAAGACAAGGAGAAUCAACAGCUGAGGUCCCCCCAGGAGCUCCACAGGAACGUGCCAGCACUGUAAGUCUUGACAUUGGUGAACUCGUAAAAAGGCUGGCUGAAACAGAACAACUGUAUGAUUCUACGCAACAAGAACUGUCCCAAAUGGCAGAGAGCCUUGUAGAGGAACAAACCAGGCGACAGGCAGCAGAAGAGGCAUUAGAAUUAGUUGAACAGAGUGCUCAGAGUACUCAUUCAAGCAGCUCCAGGGCUUCUCAAAGGGAGUACAGCAUUCAGCUAGAGUCAGAUGAGGAGCACGAGGCAUUAUUAAUAGAUCCAACCGAGCAUGUUGUACUACGCAAGGUGAAGGGUGGUGCCCUCACUUUCAGAAGGUGGCUUCGUGGACGUAGUCUGUAUUGCUCUAAAAUGCUGACAUCAAGAGCAAAAUCUCGCUACUUUUUCCUGACGUACUUGUUGGCAUUGCACAUUGCUGUUUUGUUGUGCGUAACGGGCAUUCUAUAAACACUACCGAUGAAAAAAAUAACUACUUAAAUGCUAGAGUCUGAGAAGAUGGUUUUGCCAUAUUGUAUUGAGCUGCUGUUUUAAGCUAUGCACUGAUGACCUCUGUUAUGUUUAUUCAAUACAGAACAACAGGGUGUUGUAAAAGAGAAUAAUUGUAAUGGUUUUAUGUAUAUCAGGCUAAGAAAAAUAUGUUAUGUUCUCUUUAUAUAUUUCACAAUCAAAGAAAGUUUACACAAUGAUUCACUACAGAGUUACCUAAAAUGCUGUAAGAUGCUGCAGGUGUUUGUAGCAUUUAAUUCUUUUCAUGAAAUGUACAUAAGUUGUGCCCGGGAGAAAUGUAUGAAAGUGAAAUUAAGAACUGGAGCAGAGAAUAAAAUAUCUUGUACAGUAUAUGGGGAUUUAAUUUUUUAAAGAAAGAAAGAAUGAAUGGUAGUUUCACUGUAUUUUACAAAAGAAUGUUUUGCUGCCUUUUGAUACUGACGAGUUGUUCUGUGUGCAAUACUACAAGGUUUUGGAGAAUCAAUCACUUUCACAUAAAGAUUUGAUUUUAAUAAAAGUAUUUAAGCUAUUC